UUACUUUCUCUGCGAUACUUUUCUGUGUCCGAUAGGAUAAUUUGUAGACAAACUGUUAUUUAUUUUUUUAUUAUUUCCUAACAACUAUUUACAAUAUUAUAAAUAAAUCAUCACUGAAGAUCAUCUAUGGAAGACAGUGUUUACAUAUCCGAUAAAAUAUAAAUCCAUAAAUUAAUAUCGACAUAAAUAUAAAUAAGUAACCAGUGAAAUAUCAUUGAUUGUUAUAAGAAAUACGUGUUGUCAUGUGGAAUUAGCAAGCAACAGAAAAAAGAUCUUAGUGAUAUUGUUCCAUUAUAUUCAGCCAAGGGAUUAUAUUUAAAACCAAUUGCUAAAAUAAAUAUAUCUGUUAAUCUUCCCCAGUUAAAAACACCAGGCCCACAGGAACCAGUCGAGUCACAAAAAAAAAAAAAAAAUAAUCAUGGGUUCUUUAUAAAAUUUAAAACUGGAAUAUCUCUAGGCAUAGCAGGUUUUACAGCACAUUACUACAAUAUCAAUAGGAAAAACAUUGUCAACAUGGGAAGUUUUGGAGAAAUUACGUCUCCUGAUUCGUCCGGACGAGUUUUCAUCACUGAAAGUCACCAAGAGUACCCUGGAAUUUUUACGUCUGGAAGCAGAUUUAACGGACAAAUGUCGUAUGGCUCAGGUGCUAGGACGUCUCGAGGGUCAACGGUUAAAUCUUGCUGGGUUCGCAAGUAUCCUGAAAGUACGUGCCGCCGAGGCAAAGGAUGACUUUCCAUCAAAACACACCUGGGAUUCAUUUUUCCGUGAUGCCAAGCAUAUGAACGAGUUGAAACCCGGUGAGCGUCCGGAUACUGUUUAUAUCUCUGGUCUUCCGGUCAAGUGGUUCAGUGAAGACGGCGGUAAAACACCAAGUGAAUCCAUGUGCAUGAAAAUAUUCAAAAGAUGGGGUACCAUCAGACGCAUCGAUGUCCCUGCUGCUGAUCCUUACAGGUCACGUAUGAGACUGGAUAAUAAUAUAAAUAAGAAGAAUAUUCUAAAUGAUGGAAUAUUUUUUGACGUUUUCAUUCAAUAUAUCGAGUAUGUUGAUUUUGUCAAACUUAUGGAUUCAUUGCGCGGUAUGAAAGUUUUGAAGAAGGAAGAUAAUAAUUAUCUAACUGCGUUGAUAAAGGUUGAUUUCGAUAAAAGUAAACAUAUGAGUGACAACUCAGUAUCGAGACGUGAAUUUGAACGCAAAAGACUCAUUGCUCAGGAUCAUUUGGCUAUGGAAAAAUUGCGUAAACGCGAAGAGGCUGAAGCUAAAAAAAAAGAAGAGGAACUAAAAAAAGAAGCUGCUGAUAAAGAUGCCAAGUAUAUAAGACGUAAAAAACGUGAAGAAAAACGAAAAAGAAAGGCAUUAACGAUAUUUAGAAAACAAGAAGAGGACAAGGUUUCGAUGAAAAUAGCACGUGAAGAACAAAAAUUAAUUAAAGCACAGCGACAAUUAGAAAGUAUUAGACUAUUGGACGAACUGUUUGAUCGAAUAAAGAUAAAACUCGAGAAAGGCGAAAUUACGAUUGGUGAUAAAAAUACUUCCAAUGAAAAAACUAAAAAUGAUAAUAACGUUACCGACAAAAAUGUGGAUGGUAAUGAAAAAGUUGAUAAGAAGGAUAAAAAAUCUAAAAAGAAGAAAUCCAAGAAAGAAAAAAAGAAAAAGAAAAAAGAUAAGAAAAAUGUGUCAAGUUCAAGUGAGGAUUCAGAUGAAGAAACUUUUAAAAAGAAACUUAAAAGUACAUUGGCUAUCAAUAAAUCAGGGUCUUCAUUUCCAGAUAAAAAUGUUGUAGGAGCUUCCUCAGCAGAUCAAAAUAUGGGAUUUCAAUCAAUGUAUACACAAUUUCCUCAGCCAUGGUUCUAUGAUGCCGCGGCGAUGAUGUUUCCUGGUAGAAUGCGCGGCCGGGGUGGCGACGGAAGCCAUCCAAUGAAUCGUUAUUUCCGUGGUCGUGGACGUGGUGGCUAUCCUGGACGACGUGGUGGCCGUGGGAAUCCUCGAUCAAUGCAUUUAUUCAAUCCACAUUCAUACAAUGAUCAAUACUACAAAUAUUUCGCUAAUUUAGCUGGGAUUGACUAUUAUGACAGUGAUCACUCGAGAUCUAGAUCUAAAUCACGGUCGAGAUCGCGAAAUCGCGAGAGGUCAAGAUCGCGUACGAAGAAACGGAGACGCAGGAGUAGAAGUAGAAGUCGCAGUGAAAGUCCACGAUCAAGAAAUAGGUCGAGAUCAAGAUCAAGAUCAAGAUCCAGAUCUAGGUCCAGGUCUAGAACUAGGUCUAGAACCAGAUCCAGGUCUCGAUCGAGGUCAAGAAGACGAGAUGACUCACGUGCGAAAUCGAGAUCCAGAUCAAGAUCUAGACGCUCGCGUUCAAAAUCCAAUAGAAGAUCGAGAUCACGUUCAAUAAGUAAAUUUAAAUCAUCACGUCAAAAUAAUAAACGUAAACACAGUAAAGUUAAGGUAACACGUGCCAAGUCACGGUCAUUGACACCCAAAAGACAAUCUAGAAGUAAAUCAUGGUCAUUACCAAAAUCUCCAAGACAAAGAAGCUGUUCGUGGUCUAAAAAUGUCGAUGAAAUUGAAAAAAAUAUGAGUAAUAAUAAAACUAAUACAUAAUACAUCGACUGUCGACCAUUUUCCCUCGACUGUGAAUCUUCAGAGUUUUUUUUUAUGCAACUACUUUCAUUUCUUCUGUUCAUUACAUUUUAUUUUUUGUCAUUUUUAUUAUUGUCAAUAAAAUUAA